CGCGUUUGGCGCCCUGCAGCGUCAGUCAGUUUUGAUCCUGUCUAUUAGUUUCUUGUGUUUCGAUAAAGUAAUCCUAAACCCGAAGCUUAGAAAAUGUAUUAAAAGGAAAAUUCAAAAUGGCGAUCCUACUACUUUGGCUAUUACUGUUCAAAACUCACUCCUGCGAAAAUAUUUACAAGUUGUUUGAGGAGAUCAAUGAAAACGUGAAGAUUUUCAACUCAAUAGCUGCUGACAUAGCUUGGCAAUCAUCUGUGGAACCUGCCAAGGAUGGGUUGGCAGAAAGAGCAGCAAAAUACCAGCAAAAGAAGAUAUCAUGGCAGCAUAGUACCUGCAAAACUUUGACGUCCAUGCAUGACAGGCUUGUACUAAAUUCUACGCAGGAAAGACAGGCGUAUCUGCUGUGCAGAGGACCGAAAUAUUAUUAUAAAGAAGCCAGGGAAAUGAGCAACGUCUAUGAAGAGUUACAAUUAAUAUAUUCCAACAUUGAAGUGUGCAUACCCGGUUCUGAACACACAGCAAAUUUGACAGCUAUAGAGACGGCCAUCUUGAAAUACAUAUCAACUGUCACAGAGUAUUUGAAUUCGGAACAUCCAGAACAGAAUUCUAUUGGAUUUGCCUCGAAAAUGGCUAUUAAUGGCGGUAGAACGAAAAAUGGAUUUUUAUGCUUGAAGGGAGAAGCAGAUUUUGAGAAAAUUAUGGAAUUUUCCAGGAAGCCUAAGGUUUUGGAAUGGGUAUGGUCUGUUUGGAGGGAAAAGGUUAAAGAGAUGAGAGCACCGUACCGGAGGUUGGUGGAUUUGGAAAAUAAGGCGGCUAGAAGAAAUGGGUACCGAGACAUGGGCGACUCUUGGCGCGAAGAGUUAGAGCUGUCCAAUCUACGGGCAAAAUGUCAGCAACUGUACAGAAGCGUCAGACCACUGUACGCGUUGCUACACGGUAUGGUGAGGUUUUAUCUGAGGAGAGAGUACGGGGAUGCUGUGGACGAGAGAGGACCUAUCCCUGCACAUUUAUUAGGUAAUUUAUGGUCUCAAAAUUGGGAGCCCUUAGCGGAUAUGAUACUACCUAAGGUCAUCAAUCUGGAUGAUAGGAUAAAGGAAACUGGAUGGACGGUACAUGACAUGAUAAAACGUGCAGAAGAUUUCUACAUAUCACUCGGUUUGCCGCCAAUGACGGAAAAGUUUUGGCGGGAAUCCGUACUGUCACGGGAAAACCAUGAUUUGGCGCGCUGUCACGGCACCGCGGCAGACAUGUUUCAAGAUGGCGACUUCCGGCUUCUUUAUUGCUCAGGUGUGACGUUUGAAGACUUCUAUGUCAUUCACCACGAAAUGGGUCAUAUCCAAUACUACAUGGCAUAUGAAAACCAACCAGCGCUGUUCCGGCAAGCAAACACAGCACUGCAUGAAAGCAUUGGUGACACAAUAAUGUAUGGUGUAAUGACACCACAGCAUUUGCAUAGGCUACGUCUUAUUAACGAUUCUGAACUGUAUACUUCUGUUGAUAUAGUAGACAGUAAAGACAAUGCCAAUAGAAAGAAUGAAGAAUCAAAAGUCAAUACUAAAAAUGAUAAAGAAAUAAAAAUUCAUAAGGUUAGAGCCAAUAUUAAUAAGAAUUAUGAAAAACCUAAAGCCAUAAUCAUGAAUGAUGAUAAAGCCAAUGAAGAAUUUAAAGUUAAAUCCAAUCUAAAGGACAAUGAAGAAUACGAAGAAUUAUUUAACAAUCUUAGGUUAAAAGAGAAUAACCAAAAAUCCUCUAAAGUAAAUGAAUAUAAAGUGAAUGAUAGAGAUAAAGAAGAUUAUAAAGAUGAAAUACUAGAUUUGAUUACGACAGAUGACAUAUUAAUGCUUAAGCAAGCUUUGAAUAAAUUACCACAAAUACCGUUUUCGCUACUCAUGGAUGAGUACAGGUGGAGAUACUUUGAAGGUAGUCUAGACAAGGAAUCGUUGAAUCAGGAAUUUUGGGAGAUGGCACGAAAAUUGCAAGGAAUUGCCCCACCUGUUUAUAGAGGGGAGGAAUACUUCGAUGUGGGGGCUAAGUUUCAUGUGCCGGACAAUACGCCUUAUAUACGAUAUUUCCUGAGCAGCUUCCUCCAGCACCAAAUAUUUGAGAGUCUCUGCAAAGCGGCCGUAUUCGGACAUAGAAACGUUAAAGAACCUCUCCCCGAUUCUAUAUCUCUUAACAGAUGUGACAUAUACGGGUCAAAGGCUGCUGGAAAGAUUUUGAAGGACAUUAUGUCAAGAGGUGCAUCCCAAAACUGGAAACAAAUCUUGCAAGAAACAACGGGAGAAACGGAAAUAAGCGCGGUAUCCCUGAAACGAUACUACCGCCCUCUCUACAAACUACUGAUGCGAUUGGUAGAAAAAUACGACAUUCCAAUUGGCUGGUAGUGACAGAUUAAAAAAUACGACGUCAUUUAUGGGCAAAACAAUGUGCCAAACUGUUGUACAUAUUACAAUCUUACAGUAUUAAGACAGAUCUUAUAAUGCUAUUCCUUUCCCCAGGGAUCAUUAUGAAAGGGAUAGCUAUAGAUAUCUAUAUUAUUUGGACCUUAUCAGUUUAGUUUAGGGAGCGUAUACAACAGAUUAAAUCACAUUGAGAACAAAUUAGUCGAAGGAUUGUUAUCUUUAUAAUUAAGAUGGAAUUUUUGUGGCAAAAGAAUAAAACUUAAGAAUUUUGGAAAUUCA